AUGAAAGCUUUGCACACAUUUCUCUCCAAGGUUUAUCUCGUGCAUCACCCUUUCCUGCAGCGUUCCUCUCCUAUCCUUGCGCUACAGCUGCAAAGAGAGCCCGAGCAGGCCGGGAACCUGAUCUCGCCCGCCAGGCAGCCUGGCGACUGUCCUUCCUCAACCCUCACAAAAAGGGAGGCUUAUUUUGUGGAGAAAGUUAACCAAACUGGUUCUACAUCCAGGGGACCCUUCACUGUGGAAGUACUCUGUGCAAAAAACUUGGUGAAAAAGGAUUUUUUCCGACUUCCGGACCCAUUUGCUAAGGUUGUAGUUGAUGGAUCUGGACAAUGCCAUUCUACAGAUACUGUGAAGAAUACACUCGAUCCAAAGUGGAAUCAGCAUUAUGACCUGUAUAUUGGAAAGUCUGAUUCAGUUACGAUCAGUGUAUGGAAUCACAAGAAGAUCCAUAAAAAACAAGGUGCUGGAUUUCUUGGUUGUGUCCGUCUUCUUUCCAAUGCCAUCAAUCGCCUCAAAGACACUGGUUAUCAGAGGUUGGAUCUCUGCAAACUUGGGCCAAAUGACAAUGAUACAGUUAGAGGACAGAUAGUAGUAAGUCUUCAGUCCAGAGACCGGAUAGGCACAGGAGGACAAGUUGUGGACUGCAGUCGCUUGUUUGAUAACGAUUUACCAGAUGGCUGGGAAGAAAGGAGAACUGCCUCUGGAAGAAUCCAGUACCUAAACCACAUAACAAGAACUACGCAGUGGGAACGCCCAACACGACCGGCAUCUGAAUAUUCUAGUCCUGGCAGACCUCUUAGCUGCUUUGUUGAUGAGAACACUCCAAUUAGUGGAACAAAUGGUGCAACAUGUGGACAAUCUUCAGACCCCAGACUGGCAGAGAGGAGAGUCAGGUCACAGCGACAUAGAAAUUACAUGAGCAGGACACAUUUACAUACUCCUCCAGACCUACCAGAAGGCUAUGAGCAGAGGACAACACAGCAAGGUCAGGUGUAUUUUUUACAUACGCAGACUGGUGUGAGCACCUGGCAUGAUCCAAGAGUGCCGAGGGAUCUUAGCAACAUCAAUUGUGAAGAGCUUGGUCCAUUGCCUCCUGGAUGGGAGAUCCGUAAUACAGCAACAGGCAGAGUUUAUUUUGUUGACCAUAACAACAGAACAACACAAUUCACAGAUCCUCGGCUCUCUGCUAACUUGCAUUUAGUUUUAAAUCGGCAGAACCAGCUGAAAGACCAGCAGCAACAGCAGGUGGUGUCGUUGUGCCCUGACGACACCGAGUGCCUGACAGUCCCGCGGUACAAGCGAGACCUGGUGCAGAAACUAAAAAUUUUGCGGCAAGAACUUUCCCAGCAACAGCCUCAGGCUGGCCAUUGCCGCAUCGAGGUUUCCAGGGAGGAGAUUUUUGAGGAGUCCUAUCGACAGGUUAUGAAAAUGAGACCAAAAGAUCUCUGGAAGCGAUUAAUGAUAAAAUUUCGUGGAGAAGAGGGCCUUGACUAUGGAGGGGUUGCCAGGGAGUGGUUAUAUCUCUUGUCGCAUGAAAUGUUGAAUCCGUACUAUGGCCUCUUCCAGUAUUCACGAGAUGACAUCUAUACGCUGCAGAUCAAUCCUGAUUCUGCAGUUAACCCGGAACACUUAUCAUAUUUCCACUUUGUUGGACGAAUAAUGGGAAUGGCUGUGUUUCAUGGACAUUAUAUUGAUGGUGGUUUCACAUUGCCGUUCUAUAAACAGUUGCUGGGGAAGUCAAUUACUUUGGAUGACAUGGAGUUAGUUGAUCCAGAUCUUCAUAACAGUUUAGUGUGGAUACUUGAGAAUGAUAUUACAGGUGUUUUGGACCAUACCUUCUGCGUUGAACAUAAUGCAUAUGGGGAAAUUAUUCAGCAUGAACUUAAACCAAAUGGCAAGAGCAUCCCUGUUACUGAAGAAAAUAAAAAGGAAUAUGUCAGGCUCUACGUGAACUGGAGGUUUUUACGAGGCAUCGAAGCGCAAUUCCUGGCUCUGCAGAAAGGAUUUAACGAAGUAAUUCCACAGCAUCUGCUGAAGACAUUUGAUGAGAAGGAGUUAGAGCUUAUUAUUUGUGGCCUUGGGAAGAUAGAUGUUAACGACUGGAAGGUAAACACCCGGUUAAAACACUGCACGCCGGACAGCAAUGUGGUCAAGUGGUUCUGGAAAGCUGUGGAGUUUUUUGAUGAAGAGCGGCGAGCACGGUUACUGCAGUUUGUGACGGGAUCGUCUAGAGUGCCUCUGCAGGGCUUCAAAGCUUUACAAGGUGCUGCAGGCCCACGGCUUUUCACCAUCCACCAGAUUGACGCCUGCACCAACAACCUGCCCAAAGCCCACACGUGCUUCAAUCGAAUAGACAUUCCGCCCUAUGAAAGCUAUGAAAAGUUAUAUGAAAAGCUGCUAACAGCCAUCGAAGAAACAUGUGGAUUUGCUGUGGAAUGACACACGUCAAGGAUUUACCCAGGACUCUAUUUAUACCCGACAGCCUCCUUUCAGCAGAGUUUCAAGGAAUGCUGAAAUACAGGAAAAUGCCCCCGCCCCCUUUUUUAAAUUUUAGGACACUGUGAGGGGAAAGGACAAUUUUGAAAUUCCUUUUCAAGGGAAAAAAAGAGGUCUUUAUGCUUUGCCAUGAGGCCGCAUUCAGCUGCUAUUUAAAAUUAAUACCUUGAACCUAAAGAAUGCUGACUUUUCCUACAUUUCCAGAGUUAGGCAGUAUUCUCACUUAAAGACUACUAUUUUUAUAAGAGGUAACCUAUUCACAUCGCGUCACAGGUUUCACGUCUCAGACACCAAGACAGCUUCAGCAGGCGGUACAAGUCACAUUUCAUUUUGGUCAAAUACAUGAUUUUGAACAGCUCCUGUACUUGCUCUUUGUAAAAAAAUGAAAUAAAAUUAUUUUGAAUUGCUCUGCCUUUGUAAACGAUUGGCUCACAGAAUCAUUAUCUUUUAAAAAGCCAUUUACACAUUUAAUUACAGUUUUCUAUAGCAAAGCAUAUUUUAAAAGCAUCAUAUGUUUCAGCCUAGCCUAAGGGAGUCUUUUUUUAUAUUUUUCAAGCACAAAUUUCCUGGAAUACAGCUUUUGGUUGUCAGAUUCCUAAUGCAACCAUUUAGUCUAAACUUGGUAGCUUAUUUGCUACAAUACGAUGCUUUCAGGGGCUCCCUGUUUUUAAGAGACUUAAAAAAAAUCCUAAUUUUCUAUCUUGAAUCAAUGUGACCAGGUGUUUUGGGUGUGCUUUUCAUCCUCAAUGGAAAUCUGCAUUUUUAUAGCUUCUCAGAUCCUGUGGAUGAGGUGGGAUUUUAACUCCUUUGCUGGGUCAGCUUACCUUUGAUAUAUAUACUAUUUCUUGUAAACCAAAGUCUCCUCUGACCAGGACACUUAGUUUAUAUUAUAUUUUAAUUACGGUGUAAGUCUCUAUCAA